UAGAAUCAAACAUUUGUCAUUAACCAUUCUAACUUGUGCCACAGAAAUGAACAUGAGCAUUGUGUGUAUAAUCUUUCUAGGAAUAUUCUGUAAUUUGAAUAUUUGUGACAUGAAAGAAUGUGGCAAAGCAGACAACAAGCGACUCCUGCUUCAUUCGGAAUCUGACGUGAUGAAUGAGUUAUUGAAACUCAAAUCUGAACUAGCUAAUCUGACGUCAGACAACAAUGCUUUGAAAAUGCAGGUAACAGAACUGCAGUCAAAAGUCAACCAUCUGGAACAAUCUGAUGUGGCGUCCGUGCACACUCGGGUGGGCAGACUUGAACAGUCUUUAAACAAUGUUAUAAAUGGAUUAGGAAACUUAACUCAGGACAUGACAGGUAGCACUUACAUAAGAUGGGGUAAAAAUAGUUGCUCAAGUGAUUCAGAGGUGAUUUACCAAGGAUACAUUGCUGGGAAGUAUAGCUCGGAUCCAGGGAGCGGAACUAACCAUCUUUGUCUACCUAAUGACCCGACAUGGGCAAACUAUGACAACAUUACAACCAGCUGGAGAGGUACUCUUUUCGGUACAGAGAUUAAUCUUCAAGAACCAAAUCCCAUAUUUGAAUAUCCGGUAAACAACCAAGACCUCCCGUGCACAGUCUGUAAAUCUAAGCGUACAACCUCAUUGAUGAUACCUGCAAGAAAGAACUGUUACACUGGAUGGACAUUGGAGUAUUGGGGAUAUCUGAUGACGUCAGCAUAUACGACCUUAAGACUGCCUCAGACCAUAUUUGUCUAGACGCCAAACCAGAUUUCAACCCCCAUGGUGCACAAAAUGACGACCAACAUGUUAUUUAUCCAGUUGAAGGGCGCUGUGGAUCCCUUCCGUGUCCGCCAUAUGUAAACGGGCGUGAACUUACUUGCGUCGUGUGUUCAAAAUAAACGUCUUGAUUUGUGAGAGUUUUUGUCUCUACAAUUUAUGUGGUAGAGCUACUUAAGUCAGAGGUUAUUAUCAAUGAAAGCGCAAAAAAAAUAGAAAAAGGGUAUGUAACUGUUAGCAACAUAUACAUAUACAGUUACUUACCUUUUUCUGAUUUUCAUUCGGUAGCUUACACCAUAUGCUUCUAGCGUAGUAUACAUGCCCGCCUGUUGCCCGCUAACCAACGGAUUUAACAGAUCGGUACGGUGACACACAGGUGACAUGUGAAUGUUUUUACUUAUCUCGCGCGCACGACGCACGAGAUACUAUCUCGUGCGCACAAUAAGUAAGUUGUGCACACGAGCUAAUUAAGUCAUGCACAAGAGUUACUUUGUCGUGAGCACGAGAUACUAUGACGUGCGCACGAGAUAUUAUGCCGUGCACACGAGUUACUUAUUAAAUCAUGUGCAAGUUACUAUGUCGUGAGCACGAGAUAAAGUCAUGUGUCGCCCUUUCUUAUUUUUAUUGAUGAAGCUGUGAGAAAUUACAUUAAACUUUUUAAUAGUGCUAUUUCAAUGUUGAAUUUGUCGCAUGCUUAAGAAUAAAUAAUUAUCAAAAAAUGACUGAAUUUUGUCAAAUUAGCAUUUCAAGGUUUCAUUUUUCAUUACCAGAUUGUUAUAAAAUAGAAUCAUGCUAAAUAUCAAUUAAUUUUGUUUAUUUAUGCACUCAUCAACAUUAAAGUUAUAAUUAUUUAUAUUUACUUAUUAAAGAUCCUGCAUGUUUUGUGAUUGAUAUUGUUACUGUGUGUAUACCACACUUGCAAAAAAUUACAUAUGUAUAUAAUUAUGCAAAUACAAUGUAAAACAAUUUUCAAACAUCAAAGAAUAUGUAAAAUGUGUACGGCAAAUAUUUGUGCACAUUAUAUUUAAUCAAUAAAUUACAUGCAUUCAUUUCUUAUUGGAAAAUUUGACUUAGAAUUUAUAGAAAAUAAAUUUCUAAUUACCUCCCUUUAUUUACAUGAAAUGUUAAAUUGGGUAAUAUCUUUAUAAAUAAUGCUUAUUGGAACUUAAAAUAUUGACAAAUCUUAAUUUGAGCAUCAUAUUUAUGAAAUAAAACCAUGAAAAAAUUGUGUUACAGGAUCUUUAAGUAAUUAAACAAUUAAGU